CUACCAGAACUAGUAAAGUACUUGCUCUUGGUAGUAAGCGUAAACAUAUAGCAAUAUCAGGCUUAAUAAAAUAUGAAAUUUGUCAAAAACUUUCAGGACCUAAUCCCCCAAUGCAAAAAGAAUUAGCACUUGAUUAUGAUGCACAACUAAAAAAAGAACAUUCACCAGGGUAUCCGAUGAUUGAAGAGGUUUUAGAAAGGUGGUUACAAUAUGCAUUCGCAAGACAAAUGAUGUUAACAGAUGAGGUUCUCAUAGAAAAGGCAAAAAGCAUUGCUUCUAAUAUUGGAGAACAACAGUUUUGUGGUUCAAAUAGAUGUAAAUGUGACAAGAAUAUUCUUCUUCUUGUUGAUGGUACACCAGUACACUGUCUUGAGAAAAAUGUUAAACUUAAUCAUAUUUGUAUUGAAUUUUUACUACAAAUGCCACUAUGCAUAUUCAACCUUGCAUAUAAUUUCAUUCAUGAUAAGCCAAAUGAAAGCCCACCAGCUUUUACAAUCCGUGAUGCAAUUUAUUUUGUAGCUGAUGCAUGGCAAAAUGUAAUAUCUAAUACUAUUAGUAUCAAGAAUGAACAACUUUAUGAGUUAGAUGAUUUGAUUGCAGAACUCCCAAUUAAUAAUCCACUUAGUGCUAGUGA